AUGGAUGCCGUGAAUAAAAAAUGUUCCAUAAAUUAUUCUUGGUGUGAUCCAGAAGAUAUAAACUUUGUUCCACGUAAGAUUAUUCCUGAGCAGAGUGCAGUUUGCGUUCCCCUUAUAUCCUGCAACAGAUUUUCGACAGAAUUAGACGUAUUUCUAAAGCUAAUGCCCCGCAAUUUUGUUAUUUUUAUUUUGAGGCAAAAUUCUAAAAAUAAGAUUAUACAACAAACUGAUCCUUCAGAACUCAUGAUUGUUUUGGGUUGUAUGCUAGUUAUGACCUACAAUCGUUUACCCGAAAUGCAUGAUUACUGGGCUUCAAACAAGUCUCUAGGAAAUGCAGCUAUAAAAUCAGCAAUUUCGAGGGAUAUAUUCUUGCUCCUUCACUCCAAAUUAUAUUUCAACUAUCCAGAAAAACUCAAAGAUGCAAAUAAAAUAUACUACAUUGAAGAGUUAGUUUCAUGCUUGAAACAUACGUUUCAAAAAUCGAGGACCGAAAGCACCCACCAAUCGAUUGAUGAGUCGAUGACGAAAUUUAAAGGACGGUCAAGUUUAAAACAAUACUUACCCCUAAAGCCUAUAAAAAGGGAGAUUAAAAUUUGGCAAAGGUGCGAUUCAGUAUCUGGAUAUGUAUAUGACUUCAACAUUUAUCAACGAAGAGAAUCCGACGCCAUGGCAGAUAAGCCGCUAUGUGAACCACGCCGAUGUGUACCACCGAUGUGA